GAAUAAGCGUUUUAUUACUUUUGCCGCUGUCGCCAUCGUCUUGAUGAUGGUCGCUUUGGUCAAGGCUGACGACAAGGAAAUUACUGAUAAAGUCUACUUUGAUAUCACCAUUGGUGGUAUUCCAGCUGGUAGAAUUGUUUUCGGUUUGUAUGGUAAGACCGUCCCAAAGACCGCUGAAAACUUCAAGCAAUUGACUGCUGGUACUCCAGGAUUCGGUUACAAGGGAUCUACUUUCCACAGAGUUAUUACUAACUUUGUCAUUCAAGGUGGUGACUUCACUAUGGGUAAUGGUAUGGGUGGAAAGUCAAUUUAUGGUGAUAGAUUUGUUGAUGAAAACUUCAAGGUUAAGCACUUCAUUGGAUGUCUCUCCAUGGCUAAUGCUGGUCCAGACACUAAUGGUUCUCAAUUCUUUGUUACUUUGGGACCAACUCCAUGGUUGGAUGGUAAGCACGUUGUUUUCGGACAAGUCGUCUCUGGUUUGGAUGUUGUUAGAAAGAUUGAAAAUGUUAGAACUGGUUAUGGUGAUAAGCCAGCUGAAGAAGUCAAGGUUAUUGACAGUGGUAUCGUUGUUGAAGAACAAUAAAUUGUACAAUUUUCUCUUGU